CUUGGCCUAGACCAUGUAGGCGCAUUAUCGAUCACGCUGUGUAGAUGCUUCAAGUCUUACGUUGCUUAGUGUUAGUAUUACAUCUCUGAAUUUGUUUAUUCUUGGAUUAUCAGUGCAGUUGUAAGAUUCACUUACAACCAUUUGAAGACAUUUUUUAUACAUAUAUGGCUGAUGUUCAAACUGGUACGUAGAUCCUCCACAUUAAGUGUUGCAGCCGCCAGUAUGCAUAAACUGUUCAAGACAAUAGAGAACGAGGUAGAAGACCCACUUCAAGGAUCUGUAAAAGGUACAAUUCCUUUGUGGGUAAAUGGCAGUUUAUAUCGUAAUGGUCCUGGAAUGUAUGAGGUUGGAGAACACAAAUUCAAUCACUGGUUUGACGGAAUGGCAAUGCUACAGCGUUUUCACAUCUCAAAAGGAAAUGUCACGUAUCAAAGAAAAUUUCUCCGAAGCGACACCUUUGUUAAGAAUACAACUUCCAACAGAAUAACACGUAAUGAAUUUGCAACGACUGCUGAUCCGGACCCGUGUAAGAAUAUAUUUCAAAGAUUUUUGUCAGUGUUUGAGACUGACGAAUUGACAGACAACACACUUGUGAAUGUUUUCCCAUUGAAGGACGGCCUUUAUACUGCAACAGAAUUGGUAUACCUAAAUAAAAUAGAUCCCGAAACACUAGACAGGGUUGAUAAGGUGGAUUUGGAGAAAAAAGUGGGUGUGAAUCUUGCUACAGCCCAUCCACACUGGGAUACUGAUGGAAAUAUGUAUAACAUUGGACAUUCAUUCAACCGUGGUUUGUUCACCGUCCUAGUUAAAGUGCCGCCAAAGAAAGAUGGUGUAGAAGGAUUUCCUGCUGGCGAGAUAGUAUUUAAGACAAGAUCCCCCUGGAAACUUCAUUUUAACUACUAUCACAGCUUUAGUAUGACAGAAAACUAUUAUGUCUUCGUUCAACAACCACUUCUGUCAAAUGUACCAAAGAUUUUACUAGGACGAAAAAUGGGAUAUGCAUUUGACUCGUCCUUAACAUCUUAUCCAGAAAUAAAGAACCGGUUUAGAAUUGUAGACAGAAAAACUGGAGAAGAGGUGAAUGCAGACCAUGUAAUAGAAGCAGACUCGUUUCUAUUUUUUCACCAGAUAAAUGCUUACGAAGAACAAGGCCACAUUAUACUUGACAUUGCAUGUCACACGGAUUUUAAAUUAUUAGACCGUUUCUACAUGAAAAAUUUGACAUCAGCGCAAUAUGAAGAAAAUUUACGAAGUCUCAGUGAGCCGGAAGCUAGACGAUACGUGAUUCCUCUCGAGCUUGGACAGGAAUCAAAAGACGGCAACAUUGUUUCGUUGGAACACACCGCAGCAAAAUGUCACAGAAUUAGCGGCAAAGCAUUUCAUUGUGAACCAGAAAGAUUGGCUGAUAUUGGUAUGGAAUUCCCUCAAAUAAAUUACCGGAAACACAAUACAAAGAAGUACAGAUAUAUUUACGGCGUUGGAUUGCGACACAAGCAGAAUCCUAUAAAUACUCUUGUAAAGAUUGAUACGUUCACAAAGACACACAGAGAGUGGAAAGAAGACGGAUGUUACCCGUCUGAACCAGUGUUUGUACCGGAACCUGGAUCUGAUUCCGAGGACGGUGGUGUUUUGGUUGCGGCAAUAAAUCGUCUUGGAGAAAGCGAUAAUGAAAACAGUUGCUUUUUACUGGUACUUGAUGCAAAGUCCUUUACAGAAAUGGCAAGAGUAGAAUUCAAAGGAGUUGGAAGAUUCCCAUUAGACUUUCAUGGAGUCUAUACAAGCGACAAGAACUGAAUAAGACGGCAAUGAACAUAAUAGUGGUUUCUUUGGUUUCGCGAAAACAGUUUUGGAGUGUCGUUUAAGCUGAGACGUAUUAAAUGACAUUAUGUUAAUUUUCUUAAGCCAAUAUUUCAAAUUCCAAAACUCGUUAAGAGCAUCUGUCGUAACAAGCUAAAUCAAAAUGUGAAUGGCAUAAAAAUUACGCCUGUAGUGCUUAAUGUUAAUGUGGUUGUGAUUGUGUCAAGUAACAAAUUUCUAGACGUCCGCAGCCCUAUUUGGCAUAUUGGCAAAUUUCUUAUCAUCCUGAGAAAUCUAUCUUUGGUAGGUUUUAAGGUCUAGAUUUUGGCAGUGGGCCAAGGGGUUUCUGUGUUCAUUUACGCUGUUGGGUUAAAUAGUUGUCACAUUAUGUUUCCAAUAAACAUCGGUCACUGGAAAGUAAGUCAACAAUAUAUAACCUAUGUUCAAUAAGUGGUUUUAAAUUGAUAGAAGAUAAAACAGUAUAUAUCAAACUCUACUGUCGAGAACAUUUGUCUUACAUUGAAAACAUUUAUGCAUUUCAGUGGUAAGAAAUAUAGCAUCAAACAUGCAAAAACUGUUUAACAGGAAAAUUCAUACCAGAGUUUUAUUAGUCUGCUAAUGCGUUUUCCCUCCGUCAUUACGCUUGUGUGUCUGUCUGUCCGUAGUUCCGUUUUCGGUCUAUAACUCUAUCAUUCUUCAAGGACUUUUUUAUAUUACUUGGAGCAAAUGUUACUGAUAAAUGAGACGACAUGGCAUGCGUAAUAUCAGACCCCUUACUCAAAGGUCAAGGUCAAACUGUUAGGGCAGAGGUCAAAAGGACAUUUUUUCCGUCCGGUUUGUAACUCUACAAUCUAUCAGUUGAAUUCAGUAUAACUUGCUACAAAUAUUUCCCAUAAUACGACGAUGAGUCGUGCACAACUCUCAGACCCUAUCGUUAGGAUCAAGUUCACACUUGGAGGUCAAAGUCCAAAUUGUAUUUUUUUCUUGUCCUCUGCAUACCUUUGUCAUCUUUUAAAGGAUUUAAUUUAGUAAUACUAGGCACAAAUGUUUUCUAUAAUGAGGCAAUGCGUCUCGCGCAUCAUCUAGAGUCCUAAUUUCGAAGGUCUAGGUCACGCUCUGAUGUAAAAUGUCACUGUUUUUUUCCCUGUCCGAUCCAUAACUUUGCCAUCCAUCAAGAAAUUUUAAAAUUACUUGACACAAAAGUACUCGAUAAUGAGACGAUGUGUCAGUCACAUCAUUAUGAAAUAAAUAUUCAAGCACUCGUUAAGGCGCGUUGAGAACUUACAUCUUGUAAGGAGUAUGAAAGGAUUACAGUCAGCAUCUUCUUUGGCAAAUUCCAACAUUUCAAAAAACGUAUACAUUUACAUCUUUACUACUUGACGACACCUUUCCAAUGGUACUGGUUCCAAGCCUCUGGAAGGGUUAUGAAAUUUGGAUGACAUUACUUCAUGUAGCCAACUAAUUUUCAUGAUAAUGGACUGAUCUGAAAACGUCGGACAUCACGCAGGCUUUUAUUAAUGCAGUCCACUACGACGGAAACUAUUAAUUUUGAUAGCAACUUCGCCAAUAUAUUUUUUUCAAUAAUGUAAAUUUUAAUGACACUUCUCGCAGUCAGUUGUAAAUAAACAUAUGCUGUAUAAUAUGGUGCAAUUAAAUGUGUAGGUCCUGUA